UCACAAACACCAUGAUCGGGAUCAACAAAUGCAUGCAUGCAUGUUUCCAAUAUAUUCAUUUAAAUUCUCAAUCAAAAUUUUGCAAGAAUGUCGGUAGAAUUUCCUGAUUUUCUUCAUUCAAUUCAAAAACGUCUACAACAGGCAGAAAAUAAUUAUCUCACGAUAAACGAAUGCUUGAUCAAUUUAUCCAAUUUGAUUACAAGUCAUGAUUCUACAGCGCUCCAGAAUUUCCAGUCAGAAGUUGGAUCAAUUAUCAAAAUUUUGCGUGAUUUUAGCCAUUAUCAUGAUCCCAGAGUUCGUUCGACUGCUCUUUCUUCAUUGGUAAUUUUGCAUGAAAACAACAUCGAAUUGGACAUAAGUCUGUAUGGCGAAUUCAAUGAUCUUUUAAACGACGAAUAUGAAACAGCAAGAAUUACGGCAAUGCGUUUGAUUCAGCUAUUGAGUUGCCAAUAUAAGGAUUGCCUUGUUUGUCUUGAAGAUGGUGAACAGAUACGAAUCGUUGACGAUGCUUUUGCUAAAAUCUGUUCUAUGAUGAAUGAUUAUUCCAUUGCUGUUCGUGUUGAAGCUGCUAAAUUAUUGGGAAAAUUCAACGAUAUAAGUUUAAAUUUUUUACAUCAAACUUUGGACAAAAAAUUAAUGUCUGAUUUGAGAAAGAAAAAAUCCGCUCAUCAACGUCAUCGCGAAACUUUAGAAGCCGGUGAAUGGUCGAGUGGUCGUAAAUGGACAGACGAUUCAGCAUCCGAGGUAAUCUAUCCCGAAACGGUUACAUUGAUGAGCAUAGGUUCGUGUGGUGCUUUUAUCCAUGGUCUGGAAGAUGAAUUCUACGAUGUACGUAUGGCUUCAUUGGAAUCAUUAUGUAAAUUAGCUCAAAUCUACCCAACUUUUGCCAAUCAAUCUUUGGAUUUUUUGGUUGACAUGUUCAACGAUGAAAUCCAAGAAAUACGAUUAAAAGCCAUUCAAUGUUUGACGAAAAUUAGUGGUAAAAAUAUAACUCUCAGAGAAGAUCAAAUUGAUAUCAUAUUGGCUGUUCUCGAAGAUUAUUCUAUUGGAAUUCGUGAAGCCUUACAUUUGAUGCUGUCAAACUGCAAACUUGCAUCGAACGUUGCAUUACGAUCAACAAUAAAUAGUCUUAAGGAGAAUCUCAAACGUUAUCCAUGUGACCGGGAAUCUAUAUGGAACUGUUUUCGAAAACUUGGCCAAAACAACGUCUACUUAACAUUGUCUUUGAUUUCCGAGCUUUUAUUGACUCACCCAUUUUUCAGACUAACUGAUAAUCCUCUAGAUGAUCCUGAAUAUGUUGCCAUUUUGAUAUUGAUUUUCAAUGCUGCCCAAGAUUGUCCUAUAAUGAUUGAAUUAUUGGAAAAACAUACCCGAAAACAUUAUAUCUAUCUCAAAGGAUCUUAUCCACAUCUGGUACCAUCUCUUAGUCAUUUAUUUGAUAAAACUGCUAAUAACGAUUUGAAAGUUGAUAUGGAAAAUUGUGAUCAAUUUUUUUUGAAAAUUUUUCAACGAUUACAUAAUCUUGUUCGUGUCGAUCGAUGUUCUGUUAAUGUUCAAAUGUCAGCUUUAUCAAAUGCUAUUAGCGAUCUUCAUAAGCUUUCGUUAUUACAUUCAAGCAUUGAGCCUGCCUGUAAAUUCUAUUCCACAUAUCUUCAAUGCCAAAUAUCUUUGCGAAAGAUCGUUUCCAAUAGCAAUUGGAUCAAUACAUUCCUAAUGUCGGCUUUACAGUCAAGCGUUUUUCGUUCAUCACUGCAACAGCUGUUGAGCUCGACAUUUUCAAUGCUAAAUUGCUUUCAUAGAUUACAACCGAAGCAUAUAAUUGCUAUCCAACAAACACGAAUUAAAGCCAUGGCAUUACAAUUGAUAGCCAUCAUCCACGGUUCAAAUGUGUCGGCAUUGGGUCUCUGUGAUGCAUUUUUAUCAGAGAUGACAACGCUGAAGAAAUUAUCUGCAGAACAUAAUGUUCAAUUGAAUGAAAUCAUCAAUAAUAUGUUUGAUGCAAUUGCUUCGCUUAAUCAGCCUCGGCCAGGGACUGUUGGUCGAAUUUUACAACCAAUUUUUCUGAAUUCAUCUACAUCGAAAAUAUGUGAUCUAAGCAAUAUUCUCGAUGAUAAUGUUUUACAGGAUUUCAAAAAAAUAACGAUGACAAAAGCAGAAAUCCUUGAACCGAUUGAACAAAUGAACAGUAGCCUUAAAUUCACUGCUGGUCUUGUCUUGGAAGUACCAUUCACCGCCAAUCUGGAACAUGUUAAAGAUAUUAAAAACAUUCGAAUAAAAAUUCAAUAUCCAGAUCAACAAAUUCAAUUGAUUCAGCCAAAAUUGAAUGAAUUCAGAAUCAAAACAGAACGUGAAGAUGAUAUUAAUGAUUAUAAAUUGGUGACAAAAAUUUGUAUCUCAUCCUAUGGUGUUUGGUCUGGUCCUUCAUUGAUUGAGAUUAAUUUGUUACUUGAUUUUCGUGACAUUUCAUCAUCAUCAUUGGCGACUACACAGAUCUAUAGCUCAUUACUGACUAAAAGUAGUGGAAUUAAAAGUACACGAUCAGAGGAUAAUCUUGUGAUCGAGAUAUGUAAACCAGUAAAGCUAAUGAUACAUCCAACGAAACCAAAAAGAUGUGUUAUUUGAAUAGGAAAUUUUUUUUAAAGAAUGAAAAUAAAAUAAAAAUGUUUGAUAUUUGUAAUUUGUUUCAUUUGCCCAGAAAA